ACCAGACUAACGCGUUGGCGAUGCGCUCUCUCCGGCUUUGUCUCUGCACGGUUCUGCUUUCCGUAUCAGUCCGGGGAUACAACUAUUCGAUUGGUGCUUGGUCAAUGUCCGGCGCUGAUGUGGUCUCUGCGGUGGAAGGGGCCUCCGCUGUGUUACCGUGUACUUUCACCCACCCACGCAUUGAAGUCGCCCCGAACGGCUCUGUCAUCUGGUCCAAGAUAGGAUCAGGUGCUGCACCAGUGGUUUUUAACUGCACAUUUUUCGCUCCCGGCCGCUCCCGGUGCAAUAUGACACAGGAAGCUGGAGGAGGGCGGUUCGGAUUCGUGGGGAACCACGGUAAGAGAGAUGCCUCGAUAAUGGUGGAGCGUCUGAACCGGAGUGACGGUGGUCAGUAUCAGUGCCGGGUGGAGCUCAAUAUUUAUAAACUUCGAUCAGUGGUUCUAACGAAGCUCUCUGUGACAGCUCCCAAAGAGAGUGUCUCUGUGAUGACUGGAACCAAGGGAGCUUCGGCCGCGUUACCCUGUGUGUUCACACGGCCUCGGCAGAGCCUCACCGCACACACGGUGACGUGGAUGAGGAAGGAACCCUACCGACACAUCGUCACCUUCAUGCACCAAGGAAAUGGAUCGUGGGCAGCGGAAAACGGAGUGACUCGGUACGAGCUCGUCGGGGACCCAGAACUGGGAAACGCCUCGACCAGGAUAAAGCAGCUGAGUGCGGAGGACACCGGUGGCUACCUGUGUCUGGCUGAGUUCAGGGACUUGGACAAACAUUAUCCACACUUCCACGGACAGCAGCUCAAUCCCCCAUAUAUCCAUGUGUUUCAGAGUGAGAUCCGGCUGCAGGUCAGACCAGGGACAGGCGCUUCUGAAACCGUGCUGAUGUUGUGUAUCCCAGUCGGACUGAAAACUCUCGCCCUUUUAGUGAUGGGCGCCGUUCUCUACUGUGACAAACUCAGAAAGGGAGAAGAGUCAUCCAACACAGGAGGCUGAGAAGACCAGAUUGCCAAGAAUCAGGUGCAGCCGCCCCGCCCCGCCUCGCUCCAUCAUCUUACCACACUCUGGGUGCGGGCACUUCUGCUCUUAUUUCCAAAUUGCUUUCCGAUUUUAUGUGUUUUCCGGUUCCAGCCCCUCUGACAUUCAGCAAUUUUGUUCUUGUCACGCCUGUCUUGUCCUGUUAGAAUUUUACUCGGCUCUAUGAGUUCCCUUUCAUUUCUCUCAACUCCAGGGACUAUGGAGCCAACUGAUUCCACCUCUCAUCAGGUCAGUUCUGCACACCCUGGGAUCCUCAUAAACUUUCACUGCACUCGCUCUGUGACAAAUCACCCCAACUCAGACAAAUUUAAAACUACACAGACUUCAGACAGGGACUCACCAAGACCCUGUACAGCUAUAGCAAGACAUCCUUUCUUCUGUUCUUAAAAUACCUUGCGAUGAAUGUCAACGUAACAGUUGCUUUCUAGAUAAUCACUGCUCAACUUCUGUUCUUCGUGUACCGGGAAAUCCAUUUCCUUCCUCCCUCUCACCAUUCAGAAAACAAUCUGCAUUGCUAUAUUUAGCCUCAUGUUUGUCUACAUUAAACUGCCUCUGCCAUUCCUUUGCCCUCCCGACUAACUGCUGCAAGUCACAUAGAAAAAUUGUCAUCUCCUCCGGGCAUUGCGCCACCCUCAGAGCUGGAGGUGUUAAAAUUAUUUCCCUCAUCAACUUACUUGCUGUCGACUUUGAACAACUGGGCAUAAACACAAAUGCCUCUAGUUGGCCUCCAAUUACUGACUGCCACCUGGGAAAAGACCUGUUUCCUCAUCCAUUUUGUUGUUGGAAUCAGAUGUUUUAAAUCCAAAGUUCUUCCAGAUGCAGACAGCAUGGGAAUUUAAAAUGCAGCCUAACCUUUUUUGAGAAGAGGAACGGGGCAAGGGGCAGAAUGGCCUAGUUCUUUUCCAGCUCUUGCUCUAUCACGCCGAAUAGACCAGCACAGCACACUCAAGACCUUUCAGCCCAUAACGUUGACCCAACUUUUUAACCUACUCCAAGCUCAGUCGUGUGACUCAGUAGAGUAGCGGUUAUGGCAUUGAGCACCAGUCGGGGUUGAAUUCCCACCGCAGAGAUUUCCUGGUGGUGGCCGAUGGAAUAGCAGCAAUUUUCUGUUGCUCCAACUCUAAUUAGCUUACUAUUUCCAAUCUGUCUUGAAACCUCCUUUUUAAGUGUGAUUUUUUUUUCCAUUAUGGCUACAUUAUGGGGUGGCAGAGGUACUAAAAAGGAUGAUCUCCCUGCUUCUUUGGAUUCUACUAUGGAUUUGCUGCAAAGUCAUACACGAGAAAACUCUGAGAAGUUUCAACAAUUCAGCUGUGACUUUAAACAAAUAGAUGGUAUAUUGAAUUCUAUUCAGCAAACACUUAAGGAACACGAUAUACGUAUAAAAACUAACGAAGCAAUAUUGUCGUCUCUGGAAACGGAAGUGGAUGAACUGCAAAAACUUUGUGAAAAGCAACCAAAGUUCAACGAAAAACUAAGACAGAAGAUUAUCAACAUAGAAAAUAGAAGUAGAAGGAACAACCUACGGGUUCUGGGUCUCGAAGAAUUAAUCGAAGGUAAUCAUCCUAUGGAAUUCUUUGAAAAUUUUCUGCAAGAAUUAUUUCUGGAAAUUUUGGCAUCUUUGCCUGUGAUUGACCGAGUUCACAAGUCCCCCGUGUUUCGUUAUAACAGAGAUAGACCAAUAUCUGUAAUCAUUUGCUUUCAUGAAUUAAAAACAAAGGAUCCGUUAAUACGUGAAUUUCGUCGAAGAGGCAUGCUUCCCUAUCGUGGCGGCAAGAUUAGAAUCGUGGAAGACUACACACUGGAGGUUAUGCAGGAAUGUGAUAAGUUCAAAGAACUAUGUCCAAAUUUUUAAUAAGGAUUUUAAACUGUUAUCCAGCCCAUCUCAGAAUCACACUGAAAAACGGAUCUUCCGAAUGGUUUCGAAAGCAGAAGCUGAAGCAGAAAGGUUUGUAAAAUCCGAAGGCUAGCUGCUUAGUCUGUCUUUACCUGGGAAACGUAUAGCUCACAAAUCCCGCCAAAACGGCAUGGUUCGUUAGAAAGUGCAAUAUUAAGAUUCCCGAAGACUAUUUGCUCGAGGUAAUGCAGGUAUGUGCUAAGUUUAAACAAUCUUUGCUGGAAUUUUUUUUAUUAAGGGUUAACCCAUCCCUUGGGUACCUAGUUUGCCUGCGAAUCACAUUAAAGCUGGACCCUUCGAAUGGUUUCUUUGGAAUGCUGAAGCUUAAAGAUUUUUUUUUAAAUUUAAAAGCUAACUGCUUAUCCUUUUUUCAUGAAGAUAUAAGAUUAAACGUUUAAUGUCUUCCAGUAUGAAUAAUGGUAACGUUUACUUUUGGCAAACCUUUGUAACCAAUUUCCUUUUAUAUUUUUUAAUACUGUAUUUUUGAAAUGCGAGAAUUGAAUCUCUUGUCUGGAAAUUGUUUAGACUAGAUUGGAAUAUAAACAACUUGAAACUAUUUGGAGCGAUCACGAGGUAUUUUGGGGGGUUGUGUUGUAGAUGUCGGCUUCCUAUGGGUCGACUUUCUUUCUUUGGGAGGUGGUUUUUUUUCUCAGAAGCUGAUUUCGAAUUUUUUUCACCCAACUUGUUGCUUGGUUACCAUUUCACAAGGUUUAAGGAUUCGUUUUAACUUACAUUUUAACCCUUUCUUUAAAUUAUUCUAAAAAUAGACCAAACCAUUAAUCUACUCAGUUUUAACAUGAAAGGGUUAAAUCAUCCUGUCAAAUUAAUAAGAUUUCUGCUUAUAUCAGGAAAUUUAAGGCCCCUAUUAUGUUUCUACAAGAAACUCACCUACGCAAAUGUAAUAAUCUACGUUGUUUUAGGCGUUGGAAGGGUAUUUGUUUUCAUUUGUCUGUUCACGACAUAUCUAGAGUAGUUUCGAUUAUUAAAGAUAACACACUUUCCUUUGUCCAACAUAAAGUUGUCUCUGAUACUAAUGGACUUUUUUUAUAGUUUCAGGAAAACUAGAUAAUAAAUUAAUAGGAUUUGCCAAUGUGUAUGCCCCCAAUGUAGAUGAUCCAGGAUUCUUCGAGCGUUUUUGUUUUGUUUCUAUCAGAUCUGAGUCUUUAUUGUUUGGUGAUGGGAGGAGAUUUUAACUGCUGUUUGGACCCAAUCUUAGACCGAUCAUCUUCUGAACCAGCGUCUCUUAACAAAUCAGCUUUGUUUAUUCAAUCUUUUUUUUAUUGAAAUGUGGCAUUUUGAUAUUUGGCGUUUCUUACACCUUUUAGAUGGGGCGUACUCGUUUUUUUCCCAUGUUCAUCAUACAUUUACCAGGAUUGAUUUUUUUUAUUGAUAGUCAAAUGAUUUCAUCAGUUCGUUCCUGUAAAUAUGAAGAGUUUGCUGUUCCAGAUCAUGCUUUUGUAUUUCUAUCUUUAAAUCUCCCUGGUUUUCCUCAAACAAACAGAAUUUGGCGUUUUAAUACAACUUUGUUAUCUGAUAAGGUAUUUUUAAAAUUUAUAGAGAGGCAUAUUAUAUUAUUUUUGAAGAGAAUAGGAAGGAAGAGACUUCUAAUCUUAUUGUAUGGGACACUUUCAAGGCCUAUAUUAGAGGACAAAUUAUUUCUUAUACUGCGAGCGUUAAGAAUAAAGCUAAUAAAGAAAGAAUAGAUCUAGCCAACCAGCUGAAACAAUUAGAUCAAAAAUAUGCUAUAGCUCCAGAUCCUGUUUUAUAUAAAAGAAGUGUUGAAGUUAAGUCUAAAUAUGAUCUUCUGUUAACGUAUCCAAUUGAAACUGAACUUCUUAAAGAUAAAACUCAAUUUUGCGUUCACAGAGAUAAAUCAGGCAACGUAUUGGCCAACCGAUUAAAACCUUUUGUAGUUAAACGACAAAUUAAAGAGAUUUGCAGAACAAACGGGGAUAGGACAACUGAUCACUCUGAAAUAAAUGAUACCUUUACAGAAUUCUAUUCUAAACUUUAUAGUUCUGAUUCCUCUAAAGAUAAUACUGUAAGAAACAAUUUCUGGAUCAAAUAAAUAUCCCUGCACUUUCUGCAGAUAACUGUAAACAGAUGGAUCAACCCAUUUCUUAUGACGAAAUUGCCGAGGCUAAUAUGUUCAUUACACUCGGGGAAAGCUCCGGGCCCAGAUGGAUUUUCUGGAGAAUUUUAUAAGGCUUUUUCUUCAUUAAUUAUACCGCAGUUGCACUUAAGUCUUUCUGACUCUUUCUAAUUGGGUAGCUUGCCUCAAUCUUUCUAUGAAGUCUGUAUGUCACUUAUCCUAAAGAAGUAGAAGGACCCAACUGAAUGCUCUUCAUACAGGCCAAUAUCAUUACUCAAUGUUGAUACUAAAAUCCUUUCUAAAAUUCUGGCUCGAAUUUUUAGAAUAGAAAUUCUACUUUCUAUUAUUUCUGAUGAACAGACUGGUUUUAUUAAAAAACGACAUUCUCAUUUUAAUAUGUGCCGUGUAUUAAAUGUUACUUACUCUCAAUCCCAGGAGAUAUUGGAAUAUGUGAUAUCAUUAGAUGCUGAGAAAGCCUUUAAUCGGGUUGAAUGGCGUUAUUUAUUAAAAAUCUUAGAAAAAUUUAGUUUUGGACCAGAUUUUAUUCAUUGGAUUAAAUUACAUUAUUUAUGUCCUUCUGCCCUGGUUGAUCAAAAUUCCAAACCAUUUAAACUUCAUUGUGGAACUAGACAAGGCUGUUCAUUGAGCCCUUUGCUCUUUGAUCUAGCUUUAGAACCUCUUGCCAUUGCUUUUCGAGAAUUUAAUGAUAUCUGUGGUAUUUUAAAGAGAGGUGUUACUCAUAAAAUCUCGCUUUACGCGGAUGAUAUAUUGCUGUUCAUCUCUUAUGUUGAGACCUCGUUACCUUGCAUUCUUUCUUUACUCAGUUUUAGCCAGUUUUCAGGAUAUAAAUUGAACCUACAUAAGAGUGAAUUAUUUCCUUUAAAUAAUUGGGUAUCAAUUAAUGCUAUUCUCCCUUUUAAAUUUGUAAGUAAUCAAAUUACUUAUUUGGGUGUAACAGUUGCUAAGAAUUCCAAACACCUGUUUAAAGAAAAAAAUUCUUACUUUAUUGAAUUAUGUAAAAAAGAUACCAUUAAAUUGAUCACCUUUUUCAAUAACGUUGAUUGGACGAAUUAAUUUUAUUAAAAUGAAUAUUCUACCUAAAUUUAUAUAUCUUUUUAAGGCUUUACCCAUUUUUAUUCCUAAAUCCUUUUUUGACUCUCUUGAUUCUAUUUUAUCCUCUUAUAUAUGGAAAAAUAAACAUCCUUGUUUAAGUAAAGUUCAUCUUCAAAAAUCUAAAAAGGUCUGGAGGUUUAGCCUUUCCUAAUUUUAGGUUUUAUUACUAGGCAGUUAAUAUAUGAUAUCUUAUGUUUUGGCUAUAUUAUAUUAAUCAUGUAGAUUUUCCGGUAAGUGUUUCAUUAGAAGCUAAAUCUGUUGACAAAUUUUCUAUUAUUUCUCUUCUUGGAUCCCCACUUCCUUUAUCUGUAAGCAAACUAACUGAUAAUUUAAUAGUUAAACAUAUUCUGAGGAUCUGGAUACAAUUUAGAAAACACUUUGGUUUAUUGAGAUUUUCCCUUUCAAGCUCAAUUUAUUCUAUUUUUUUUAAACCCUCUAUGAUUGAUUUAGUUUUUAAGGAAAGGACAGAUUGGGUAUUGAAUGAUUUUGGGAUCUGUUUGUUGGAGGAGACCUUUCUUCAUUUGAGCAAUUGUUGGCUAAAUAUAGUUUACCCAAAAGUCACUUUUUUAGAUAUUUACAAAUCAGAGACUUAUUAAGAUUUCAAUUAUGUACAUUCCCUAUAAGCUCAGAUAAGAACUUACUAGACGUAAUUUUUAGUUUGACACCUUUUCAUAAUGGUUCAAUACCUAAGAUUUAUGGCAUGUUACUGGAGAUGAGGAAUGUUUCUUCAGACAAAAUUAAAAAUCUCUAGGAACACGAUUUACAGGCAUCGCUAUCUGAGGAAACUUGGAAUGAAAUUUUUAAACUGGUUAAUACUUCAUCACUAUGUGCUCUUCAUUCCCUCAUACAAUUUAAGGUGGUACAUAGAGCUCAUAUGACUAAGGAUAAGCUAUCUCGUUUUUAUUCAGAUAUACCUCCCUGCUGUGACAGAUGUAAUAAUGGAGAAGCUUCAUUAAUUCGUAAGUUUUGGACGUCCGAAUCUUGAAAAAUAUUGGAAGGAAGUUUUUAAACUUUUUCCUUACUUUUUAAAGUCAAUUUUAAGCCUAAACCUCUGAUGGACCUAUUUGGUAUUGUUACAGGACAAGAUUUUAAGCUAAAGACAUCUGACUUACAUACUUUGGCCUUCAGCUCUCUUAUAGCUAGGAGGAUGCUUUUGUUUUAUGUUUUUCUUCCUACUCAUGCUCAAUGGUUAUAUGAUGUUAUGUCGUGUUUAGAUGUAGAGAAGAUUCAUUGUUCAAUUUCUGAAUCUCGUCAAGAUUUUCAAACAAUGUGGGGACCUUUACUGAAUUAUUUUCAAAGCCUUCAAUUUGUUAUUUAAGCUCAGAUGUUGGCUAUUAUUAAUUUUUAUUAUAUAAGAAGGUAUUUACCUUUUCUUGGUAGGGGUUAGAGUGUUUUUUGUAAUAAAUUAGUAUAGUUUAAUAUAAAUAAUGAUUAACAUAUGAUUACGGGGUAAUGUAAUUAUUAUUAUGAUCAGACAAAAUGUAACUGUUUUAAAAAUCUUUUCUGACCUUUUGUAUACACUUUCUUGUAUUCUCUAUUCUUCUAUGUAUAUUGGAAUAUUGGAAAGAAUUCCUACCGCUGUCUGGACUCAGGGUGCUGGGUCAUUAAAAGAAGACAGAUUGGCUCUGAGCCAAUCUGUUAUUGUCAGUCUCGGGGGUGGGGAGGGGGAAGCACCAAUAGCUGAUUCAUUCUUUACACUAAUUUCAUCACAUAAGCUGUAAAGUCCAGAACCUCAGGACACACGGUAAUAGUCUGAAAUGAGCAGAUAUUUCCAAGUGUGAUGAAGUUACAAAUUUGAGUAGAAAAUUCUUUACACCCAAAUAGAGAACAGACAUUUUUGUCUCCAGCAGAGAAGUAGAUGGUCAUCCAUUAAAGUGUAGACUGCUGGGCUGGAUGACCGAAUGGCCUACACAUGUUAACAUGGUGGAAGAGGAGGGACUGAAACUGCGAGGGAAACAGGGAGGUGGAUCUGGGCCAUACGCAUUGAGGGAUGAAGCUCAGGAAUGGAUAG